AAAUACGAAUCCAAUAUAGUGCAGUGUGCAUUAACUUCAUACCAUAAACGCUAUAAGCGAUAUUAGUUGCAUUUUGCGUAGUGAGUCUUGAAAACGUCGUUUCAGUAUCGAUCUGUAUAUUUUACAUUAUAAAAUUUUCAUAAUGCCGGCCAAAGCGGUUUGCGUUCUCAAUGGAGAUGUUAGCGGCACUGUUUUCUUCGAUCAGAAGGACGACAAAGCCCCAGUUGUCGUGACGGGUGAAGUGAAAGGGCUUUCAAAGGGCAAGCACGGUUUCCACAUCCAUGAGUUUGGGGACAACACAAACGGCUGCACAUCGGCCGGACCUCACUUCAAUCCACAGAAGCAAGACCACGGUGCCCCUGAUGCUGCUAUCCGACAUGUCGGAGACCUUGGAAAUAUUGAAGCCGGCAGUGACGGAGGUGUCACUAAGGUAUGCAUCCAAGAUUCCCAGAUCUCUCUGUGCGGCCCGAAUAGCAUCAUUGGCCGUACUCUGGUUGUGCACGCUGAUCCUGACGACCUCGGCAUCGGCGGUCAUGAACUGAGCAAGACGACUGGAAAUGCCGGAGCUCGGGUCGCUUGUGGGGUUAUUGGCCUCGCUAAGAUCUAAAUUAAUUUCACGGGGAUAGUAGAGACAUUAGCCCGUAAAGCAAAUGUUUGAUCCCUAAUUUCCAUAUUAUGUUGUCAGAUGUAUAAUUGGCGGUUGUAAAUUAUCAGAGUUAUGUAAAUGGCAUAUGUUAUAGCAGUUUAGCAAAACGUUUAUCGGACACGAAUGUGUCGCUUUACUUUAAGUUCUACAACCUGUGCACGUCUCCGUGAUAGCUGUUUAUUGGUUUGUGUUUCGGUGUAGGUGUUUUGUUUUUACUGCAGAUUUUUUUCAAUAAAAUAAUAAUUUAGGUUUUA